AUGCCAGGGCUCGCCAGGACAAGGGGAGACCCUGACGAGCUGUGCAGUUACCCCCAGCUACCCAGUCACAGUCUGUCACUACCCGCAACCCUCCACUGGGACAACCAUCAGUACCAGAUUCAAGCUUUUGACUCUGGGGCCGCAGAGAAUUGCAAUGAUCAAGACUUCGCCAGAAUAGUACAAAUCCCCUGCGUGAAAUGUCCCAUCCCUCUGCAGGAUCAAGCCCUUGGUGUACGCCCCAUUGGCUCCGGCCAGGUGGAAUAUCAGACCAAGCCCAUUCUAUUGCAGCUCCACCCCUCCCCGGGCUGUCUUUACUCCCUCUCCAUCCCUGAAGCCAAAUUCAUGGACAUCCGGGAGUCGCUGGAGGCAGGUUUCAUUCGCUCCUCAACAUCCCCAGCUGCUGUAGGAUUCUUCUUAAUGGGAAAGAAGUAUGGGGGUCUGCGUCCCUGCGUCAACUACCGAGGGCUGAACAGGAUCACGAUUAAGAACCGAUACCCCCUACCCCUGAUGUCCGCCACCUUGGAGCUGGCCCUGAGGGCCAAAUUCUUCACCAAACUGGACCUUUGCAACGCUUACAAUCUGAGGAAUUCUGGCACUCUUUUUACCACUCCUGAAAGUGAAGGUCCUGUUCCCAGAUGCAUGGACUGGGAGAGUGAAGUGGAGACUGACGAAAUGUGCUCAAGCGUCUGUUGUGAUAUGCAACGUUACAGGAGGAGGACACUGGCAACAGAGUUUGGUCCAAGGGAACGGAAUAAUUCUUCAGGGAGCUCAGAUUCCAGAGACUCUCCAGUCCCUGGUGAGGUCAUGGAGGAUGAUGAGGAAGUCCUGAUGAGGAGGCAGAAACAGAUCACAUAUGGGAAGAACACACUCGCCUAUGACAGAUACAUAAAGGAAGUACCCAAGCACUUGAGACAGCCAGGAGUUCAUCCUAAAACUCCUAACAAGUUUAAGAAAUACAGCCGGCGCUCAUGGGACCAGCAGAUUAAAUUGUGGAAGGUGAAGAUUCACGCGUGGGACCCCCCAGCCCAGGAAGGCAGUGAGCUGCAGGCCAUAUAUGAGGUUGACUUGGAUGAUGUAAUGGAUAUUGAGCUAGAUGUCCCUGAGCUGGAUUCAGACUCAAGCGCACAGCCUCCUAAAGUCAGCAAGGCCUCUUCGUCUCAAGCGGACUCUUGCCAAGUAACUCCCAGCAAGAUGAUGAACAUGGAUACAUCGGUUGACCUUGAAAUGGCCUAA